CUCCACUCAAUUGCUGAAGCCACCUUUGAAUAAUCUUAGCCUUAUGUAGCCACCCAAUGGCGGGGACCGUACAAGUGUUCCCUCCACCAACACCCGGCCUCACUCAUCCACUCUCUCUCACUCCUCUGUUCUUAAUCUCUCACUUUAACGAAGUAACUAUAAAACCCUAAUUAAUCCUUUCAAAGUUCUUCUUUUUCUUGAUUAAUAAUCACCUUAGUUUUUUUUUGUUGUUGUUAAUAACAACUCCCUCUCUGGCCCUUUCUCUCACGUUGUCUCUCACUCUGUCCAUCUCCCAAACGCCCCCUCCUUUUGUUUUUGCCUUUCUCCCCUCCCUGUCGCAAAUGCGAACCCUGAAUCUGGCGUAAGCAGCAGACUCUCGCACGCUCGCAUCGCCGCCGCCGCCGCGCAUUGGUCCGCCGGGAACAAUUUGCGGGUCGCUUAAAAGGGUUUCCUUUUUCUUGUUUCCAACCAGGCUAUGGCGUCCGAGGAUGUGAAGACUAGUGGGGAGGCUGCUGUUUCGACGAUCGUGAAUCUCGCCGAGGAGGCUAAGCUAGCUAGUGAAGGUGUCAAGACGCAAGGCCCCGCUUUCCUCAGUAUCUGCAAGUCCCUCGUCGCCGGUGGAGUCGCUGGAGGAGUGUGAGUGCUUUUGUUUUGUUUCCCCUGUUUUAUCCCCCGUUUCUGUUCAAUUUGUGGCGGCUGCUCUCUCUGACUCGUAUUAGUUUCGCCUGAAAGCAGCGAUCUUCUUCCUAUUGUGGUUGAAUCCCUUGUUCUUGGCUCAUGUUUAUCGAUUUUGUCUAGCUUCUGGUGGGUUCCACCGAUCUUUGGUCGUGAAUUAUUGUUGUACCAGCUGAUUUCUGGGUUUAACUUAUAGCUAGCUUCUCUGCUUUUGGUGUAGAUUUUUUUUUCUCGGUUUGGUUAACUGGCGAUUGAAUAAGGAUGGAGCUCUGUCAAAUUGCUUUCAAUGCUCACUAGCUAGUGCCUAGUGGUCUUUUUGUUUUCAUGGUGGGCUCGUGAGGGUUUAGCCUGUUGGUUUCACUGUAGACUAACUGGGGGAGUGAAGAUCACAAAUCGAGGUGUCGCUACGCUUUUUAGAUUUGGGUUUUGGUCCAAUUUGAUGUUUGAAUGAACUUGGUUGUUAUGAAAUUUGGUACACGGGAUUCACUUUAGUGAUCCUCUUAAACCCUACUCGCUGGUGGUGGUGGAGAAUGGAUUUUCAGUUUGGUCGAUUUGUCAAAUCGUUCCCUAAUUUGUUGUUGGAGAAUGAUGGUAGAUGUAAUCAUCUGUUUUUGGAACUUGCAAAGUUUCUUUGCCCCUUCCAUAUUGCUUGAAAGUAAAGCAAAGCAUCUAUUUCUGUUGGCUGCAUACAUCAUACAUGGAUAUGCUUAUCCAUCCCUUGAGUUAAGUUGUAUGACAUGCUGUUAUCAUGUAUAUGUUGCAGGUCCCGCACAGCUGUUGCUCCUCUAGAAAGAUUAAAAAUUCUACUCCAGGUCCAGAAUCCACACAGCAUAAAAUACAACGGUACAAUUCAGGGCUUGAAGUACAUUUGGAGGACUGAGGGUUUCAGAGGCCUGUUUAAAGGAAAUGGCACGAACUGUGCUCGCAUCGUACCAAAUUCAGCCGUCAAGUUCUUUAGUUAUGAGGAAGCCUCAAAAAGAGAUCAACCAGUAUAUUUACCUCUCUUUCUUACAGAUGAUGCACAGCUUAGUCCUCUUUUACGUCUCGGUGCUGGUGCAUGUGCUGGUAUAAUUGCCAUGUCAGCAACUUACCCAAUGGACAUGGUUAGAGGUCGCCUAACUGUCCAGACAGACAAGUCUCCCCAUCAGUACAGAGGUAUCGUCCAUGCUCUUUCAACUGUUCUAAAGGAAGAAGGCCCCCGUGCACUAUACAAAGGCUGGCUUCCAUCGGUCAUUGGAGUUGUACCAUACGUGGGUCUCAACUUUGCGGUGUACGAGUCUCUGAAAGACUGGUUGCUGAAAUCCAACACAUUCAACCUGGUCGAAAACAACGAACUGAGUGUAACGACGAGGUUAGCAUGUGGAGCUGCAGCUGGAACUGUCGGCCAGACAGUAGCUUACCCACUCGAUGUCAUUCGACGGAGAAUGCAAAUGGUAGGGUGGAAGGAUGCUGCUUCGGUCGUCACUGGGGAUGGAAGGGGCAAAGCACCACUUGAAUACACCGGUAUGGUCGACGCCUUCAGGAAAACCGUUCGCUACGAGGGGUUCGGUGCCUUGUACAAGGGUUUGGUCCCUAAUUCAGUAAAGGUUGUCCCAUCCAUAGCCAUUGCAUUUGUGACGUACGAGAUGGUGAAGGAUGUUCUUGGGGUCGAGAUGAGGAUUUCCGACUGAAUGCAGUAAACAAGGUGGGCAAGGUAGGCUUCUCGUUGUCCAGCAUAGAAAGUAUCAGAGGAGAAGGGUGGAUCGGCUUUUCUGUGGUGAAUGAACCUGAUUUUUGGUGAUAGUGGAGUGAGUCAGAUUAGUAGAAAAGGAACACACAUAACUUGUAGCGCUCUGUGUUUUUAAUAACCCUGUCGCCUGCUCCGAGAUCUCCACCUGAACCCCAUAUUUGUCUCUCUAGAUUUCUUCUUAUUCCUAUUACUUGGCUGUGGCAAUAAGGCAUGACAGAAGAAUUUAGGUGCCAUCUACGAUAGGUAUUACGCAGAGAAAUUUUACUAGUGAAUUCAGUGAGUCGGAUAACUUGGUGUUUUCCAGAUAGCUGUCUGGUGACAAGCUUUAUGAAUGCCUUAUGAUAUGUUUAUCGAGUGAUAUUACCGUGUUUAAGAUGAUUUGCAAGCAAGCAAUCAAACCACUUUGAUUAUGUACUGACCAUAUUAUGUUUCAGAAACAAACCCUAUAAGCAAAACCUUCCUGUUCAAGAUAUCGACAAUGCCAUUUCAGAGGCCAAAAAAAUCAAAACAAUGACUGACUCGGAUUGUGCUGCAUAUGAAGAACGAAAAAACUGCGAAGAAUCGGUACUCGAUGGAUGAUGAUUAAUAAAGAGAUGCACUAAGGUGCAGCUGCCCUCUGGCGACUGAUUGGCAUCUUGGAGAGUAUGCCAACGAGAUAGUCACAUGUGUCGCGGUAGUACUCGAUUGAGAUGCAGAGCUGUCGUAUGGCUUCUCGUUUCUCGUCUCCCAAGUACGAUAUCCCUUCAUCUUUCUCCUUCAAGCUCGCUCCCAUUGCUGCCACCUUACUCUCCAGUUGGCUGAUGGCUUUGGUGAGCUUCAGCUUCUCAGCUUCCUCUUUGCUUGCCAUGGCCAGCAACUCCGACGCCUUGUUCUUCAGUGCAGAUUCCUCCUCUCUCGAGUGUUGCAGUUGUAGGGCUAAGCUGUUCACUUGUUCGUUCAAUUUUUCCUUCUCCUGAUUCAUGUCCAUUACCCAAUCUUUAGCAAUCAGGAUCUCUUGAGACAGCUCCAGAACCCGGUGCUGGUACCUGUUGCAAUCUUCGUCGAAUCUGGAAGACAGAGUAUCAAGGGACGUCAUGGUGGCGUGUAGUUUCUCUGAGAGAUCUGUGACCAUCCUGCGAUGAGCUUCAUUAUUUGCAGCCAUGGUAGCCAAGAGAACGGUCAUUUUCCCUUCCAGCUCUCUCUGCUUUUCCUUGUACUUGGCUUCCACUACCUUGAAGUUGUCUACUGUCUCGUUUAGCUCCUGCUCUGUGACCCGGCUCUUCUGGCUUGACAUUGUAAGCUUAAAUUCGAUCUCUUUGUUCUUCACAGCUAAACUGCGCAGCUCUUCAUCUUUGAAUUCGAGUUCUCUCUCCUGGCUCUCGAUUUUCUCUCUCAGUUCAGCUACGGUUUCAUCCAUGGAACCCACUUGCUUGUUCAAAUCCUCCGCCUUCUUUUCAACUUGCUGCUGUUCCUCACUGAGUUGCUUGCACGCCUCUGACUGUUCAUCCAGCAAUCUCUGCAGAUCAACAACUUGAGUCGCCAGCAGGGCCUUCUCAUUUUCCAUCUCUGCAAUUUUCCUUGAAAACUCAUUCUGUUCUUUCUCGAGCUCUUCUCUAUGAGAGAUGAAAGCUCAUUUUGCUUCUCUUCUAAUUUCUCCUCUAGUUGGCUUGAUUGGGCAGUGAGUACCUCUACAGUCUUCUGAAUGUUCUGGCAUUCAAUCAGAGUAUUAGAAAUUUUGGAGGUCAGAGAAGUCUUCUCUUCCUCGGCGGCCUUGAGUUUCUCGGCCAAAUCUGAACCCUUUUGCUCGGCGGAUUCUAAUUGCUUCUUCGUGUCAGCAAGUUCUCCUCUACUGGUUUCCAGGUCAUGUUUAAGGGCGGAAUUCUCACCUUGCGACUCCUCUGCCAUAGCUUUUAAGACCGCUGCAGUCUUCUCUUCCUCCAUAAUUCUCUGGACUGCAGUCUCCUUUGCCGAAAUGAGGUCAUCUUUCUCUGUUUGCAUCUCUUCCAGCUUCUGAUUUAGUACAGAAAUUUCAGCCACCAAAGAUUUCCUAUCUGCUUCUGCGACCGUCGAAUCCUGAGUCAAAUUGGACACUAACAGCUCUGAAGAUCUCAGUUGCUCGUUUAGGCUGGAACUUUCGGUCUUCACACUUCCUAGUUCCUGGGAAAGAACUCGUUUCUCAUCUUCCAGGCUGUUACUCGCCAUUUUCAAUUCUUCUUUAAACUUCUCUUCUUCUUGAAUCCUCUCCAGAAGCGCCUCUUUCUCACCGAUCAAUCCAUCUUUCUCGAUGAUUAUGCCCUCUAAUCUUCGAUUCAGCUCUGCUUCCGUCUUGCCUGCCUCGUCGAGGUUUUGCUUCAGGUCGCCAUUUUCUGCCAGAAUUUUCUCCUUGUCCGCAUUUAUCGUUUCUAACUCAAGCUUCAGGCUUCCGACUAUCUCGUCAGUUUCAUGAAUCUUGCUUAACGCUGUUUGAUGCUCGAGAAACAACGCCUCUUUUUCUUCGGUUGCAGCACCGAGCUUAUCCUUCAGUUGAGCAACUUCAAGAUUGGCUGUUUCAAGCUCUUGCUUUAUGCCGUCUAUGAAUUUGCGGCCUUUAAGUCGUCCAUUUUUGCUGGUUUUGUCCUUGGAACCAUUAUCAGAAUCCGAGUCUGAGCUAGAUGAAGAAGAGGAAUCCGAUCCCCGCUUGCUGUGGAAGUCCCUCCUCAGUUCUCCCUUCAGAUGGUCGUGUUGUGAAUACAACGAGUCGUACUGCCUGCGGAACUCCUCGAUCAAAUCCACAAGAGGCUUUCUCUUUGAGCUUUCCACAGGGACUCCAUCGUUU